CUGUUACUCUUGCCCAAUCAGCGCGCUGCACCGUUGUUUGCCUUGCUUUUUGAAUUAAGUUCGGGCAAAUACCUACUCGGGACUACUGUUAAGCAGUUAGCUAGCUGUCAACAAGUAGCCACAUUUCGACAAUUUGGACUAUUCACGCAUAAAGGGCAACAUGCAUUGACACCAGACUUGCCAUAUAACGAAGAGAUAUUAUAGAUUUUUUGAGUGUUUUGGACCGAAGAGGAAUUCUCGGGAAUUCUUUAUUGUAUUGUUGACUUGAAGUUACUAGCUAACGUUAGCUCGGUAGCUAAUUUAGUUAGAGAGCUUAUUGAAUGAAGUUAGCUCGCUCCCGUUUCUGUAAUUCUUUGAUAUAGCUAGCUAAGUUACCAGCCACCGAAACAGUCGUUUGGACAAUUUGGUGCCUCCACAAGUUCCUGGCAUGGCUGACAGCAGCAUAGUGACUCUAGGGACAGCUCGGAGUUUGCUGGAUUCUUCGGUCUAUGAUUCGAAGAUCGCCGAAACCACCAAGGACCAUGUAUUUAUGGGGAUGACAUGUGAAGACGGGGAAGAUAUGCUGCCAAAAGUGGAGACAAGGGUUGUUCUUGUGGGAGAAGCAGGCAGAAAUGGAGCGCUGGUCAAAGCAUUGCAGGCCAUCAGAGUAAUGGAGGUACCAGUGGUAAAGAUAAGAGAAGGUGAUGCAGGCGCCGAGGAGAAAGUGAUGAUAAAAUCUAUAGUCAAUAUGGACAUUAACAUCCCUUGCAUAAUGACGGACAACGUCCAGGAGUUUGGAGAUGGAGACAACGCUGAUUUCGAGACGGUGUUCGUCCUCACAGACUUUGAUUCUUCUGACUACAACUAUCUCUACAAACACGACAACCGCAUUGUUGGGCCUCCUGUUGUGCUACACUGUGCUGCGAAGGAGGAACCUCUACAAUUUUCAUGUCGUCCUCUCUACUCCACUACAAUGCUUAACCUGUCGCUGUGUUUCACUGGCUUUAGGAACAAAGAUGAAAUGAAGAACUUGGUGAAUCUGGUUCAUCACAUGGGUGGGACAAUCCGGAAAGACUUCAGCACCAAGGUUACUCAUCUCAUCGCCUACUCCACUCAUGGAGAGAAAUACAGGCUGGCGGUGUGCAUGGGGACGCCUAUUCUCACUCCCUCAUGGAUUCAUAGAUCCUGGGAGAGAAGAGAUGAUGUGUACUUUCAUGCAGGGGAAGAGGAGUUUCGAACAGAGUUCAAAGUGCCUCCGUUCCAGGACUGCAUCCUCUGUUUUUUGGGUUUCUCAGAUGAAGAGAAGGCCAACAUGGAGGAGAGGACCCUCAAACACGGUGGCACUUAUCUUGAGGUUAAAGAUGAGAGGUGUACACACAUGGUGGUGGAGGAAAACUUGGUAAAGGAGCUGCCAUUUUCUCCCUCCAAGAAACUCUUUGUGGUCAAACAAGAGUGGUUCUGGGGAAGCAUUCAGAUGGACGCUCGGGCAGGAGAGUCCAUGUACCUCUACGAGAAGAGCGACAGCCCAGCCAUGAAGAAGGCAGUGUCCCUCCUGUCUCUCACCACCCCCAACAGUAACCGUAAGCGUCGCCGUCUCAGGGACACGCUGGCUCAGCUUACCAAGGAGACAGAGAUCUCCCCUUUCCCUCCACCACGCAAAAGGCCGUCAGCAGAGCAUUCCCUGUCAAUGGGUUCUCUGCUGGACAUAUCUAAUACCCCUGAGACAUGCAAGGCCUUGGCAGAAGACAGAGUAGGGAACCAUUCAGAGAGCAAAGGAGAAAAUACUGUGACCAGGAAUAGUAUGAGAAGAAGGAAAACCAGGGAAAGGAUGAUUAGGACAGACGAGAGGAGGAAAAGGUCCUACCCUGGUACAAGUACUCUUCAACAACCAGAGGAGCAGCAGCAGCAGCUGCUAGUAACUUCUGCAGAGAGUUCAAAGCCAUCCAAGAGUUCGACUCCGGUUCUGUCCAAGCAGUCAGCCAGGUGGCAGGUCUCGAAGGAGCUCUACCAGACUGAGAGAAACUAUGUGGACAUUUUAAGCACCGUCCUACAGCUUUUCAAGCUUCCAUUGGAAAAAGAGGGGCAGGUGGGUGGACCCAUCCUGGCCCAAGAAGAAUUGAAGACAAUAUUUUGCAGCAUUCCAGAAAUCUAUGAAGUUCACACUAGAAUAAAGGGUGACCUUGAGGAGCUCUUGACAGACUGGUCAGAGGACAAGAGUGUAGGAGAUAUCAUCCUCAAAUAUUCUAAAGAGCUGGUGAAGGCCUACCCACCCUUUGUCAACUUUUUUGAAAUGAGCAAGGAAACAAUUGUUCGUUGUGAAAAACAAAAGCCUCGCUUCCAUGCUUUUCUCAAGAUCAACGAGGCCAAGCCAGAGUGUGGCAGGCAGACCCUGGUGGAGCUGCUGAUCAGACCUGUACAGAGACUCCCCAGUGUGGCCCUUCUUCUUAACGACAUAAAGAAGCAUACGCCAGAUGACAACCCAGACAAGAUAACACUGGAGAAAGCAAUUGAUUCUCUGAAAGAAGUCAUGACUCACAUCAAUGAGGACAAGAGGAAGACUGAAGGCCAGAAGCAGAUCUUUGAUGUUGUUUAUGAAGUUGACGGCUGUCCUGCCAACUUGCUGUCUUCCCAUCGCAGUCUGGUUUACAGAGUAGAAACAAUAGCCCUGGGAGAUCAGCCUUGUGACCGUGGAGAACAUGUCACACUCUUCCUCUUCAAUGACUGCCUUGAGAUUGCAAGGAAGCGACACAAGGUGAUCAGUACAUUUAAGAGUCCACUGGGGCAGACGAGACCACCACCCCCGCUCAAACACAUUGCACUGAUGCCGCUGUCCCAGAUUCGAAGAGUACUGGACCUGCAGGACACAGAGGAGUGUGUGAAUGCAUUCGCCUUGGUGGUUCGCCCUCCAACUGAACAGGAGAACUUGUUGUUCAGCUUCCAACUGGCUGGAGAGGAAAUGGUUAAAAGCGUCUUGUUGCGAACACUUUGCCGCCAUGUCGCCAACACCAUCUGCAGGGCUGAUGCGGAGGACCUAAUUCAACGUACAGACCCAAAUUCCCUACAGGUCAACACCAAGGAUAUGGACAGCACCCUAAGCAAAGCCUCCAGGGCCAUCAAGAAGACCUCUAAAAAGGUGACGAGGGCGUUCUCUUUUACUAAGACCCCAAAACGUGUGAUCCAGAGGGCGUUCAUGGCCAACAGUACUCCAGAUGAGAAAAGCCAGAGGCUGAGUUGUGAAAAACGCCUUGGCAGCAGCUCCACAUUGGCUGCACACCAUUCCCCCUCCAUGGUCAAUCUGCCCUCCAUGUUUGAGAGGAAGUACCACACAUUCAGUCGUUCAACCACCCAUCUCUUCUGAGACACUGCUGCUUGGGAGGGUGCAAAAAAGUAGAAGCUACCUGUAUGGCUAACUAGCAUUUGUCCAUACUGGAGCUCAUCACAGACUUUCCAAAUCCAUAAGGAAAAUGGCAUUGAAGGCACUGAAGAAUUCAGAGUUGUUUAGCUACUGCUACAGUGCUUCACAACUGCAACUUCGGCCAAGAAGGGUUAAAACAAUAAACCAAUUGUUCAUCAACCCGAUGCCUACCAUAUGAUGUAUUCAGUUAUGAAUGUUCUGUGUUGCUGACAAGGCAGUUUGGUGCCUCUUUCCAAACAUACACAAUGCUUGAAUUAAGACUAGAAGCUAACUGGAACGGUACUGCACCUUGCUAAGGGCUACAUGUGUGUGAUUACCACUGUAACAUAAAGUUUGCCUUACCCUUAAAAAAAAUGAAGGAUGCUCUGCUUUUUGUCUGCACUUGUUAAUGGAUUAUAUUGACAUGCUUGAUUUUUUUGUUAAUGUAUUUCACCAGACACAUUGUCACAUGUUUAUACCUUGCCUGUUCAGCUUCCUGGUUGGUUACCAUUGUUGGCAGUGUUUAGUGAAGUGUUAACACUUAACUAUUGACCAAGUAAACGUCUGUCAUCUGGUUAAAAUUGGAACGUUUUGCUGUCCUCAAUUGCUAGUUUUAUUUCACUGUGCUUUAAAGAAAUAAAAAUACUUUUAAUUGUACAUGUUUAGCUAUUUCUAUUUAACAAAUGCAGGUUGUUAAGCUCUUUAUGAGUUUUAUGUACUAGUUAAAGUUACAAGGUUGACCUCUCUUGCCCUUUACCAUGUAACUUUUUUAAUUAUCUUUAUACCUUAUGACCUUUAUAUUAACUGACAUUUAAUGAUGUUUUAUUGUAGUGGGGUAGACUUAAUUUCACCUGUAAUAUUACUCCUUGUAAUCAACCCACCUUCAAUAUUUAAAUAUGAGUUUCCAGCUUUUAUAAAGCUUCUAUUGUGACAUUUAAGAGAAUCGGUUAGAAGAAUAAAAGCUCUUAUGUGCUGUUCCCUGUACGGCCAUCCACAUUUUAAAAGACGUUUUUACAGUGUGUCUAUUCCGUGCCUGUGUAUCUGUGUGUAUGUUUAAGAAGGAAUGCUGCAUCAGUGUACACAUUUAUUCUUGACAAUACACUUUAUUUAGCUAUUUAUGUUUUCCAGUUUUAUCUCUUUUUCUCUAAUGCUGUUUAUUGAAUUCAGUAGUCUCCUGUUUCAUCUCUGUAUUAAAUACACUAAAACAUG